AUGGCAAAAAAAAAUAGACUGAAUACAACGCAAAGAAAGACUUUACGUCAGAAGGAAGAUGAGUACAUCGAAAACUUGAAAACUAAAAUUGAUGAGUAUGACCCUAAGAUAACCAAAGCCAAAUUUUUCAAAGACCUCCCCAUUAGUGAACCAACUUUGAAGGGCUUAAGAGAAUCAUCCUUUAUAAAACUUACGGAGAUCCAAGCCGAUUCUAUCCCAGUGUCCUUACAAGGUCAUGAUGUAUUAGCAGCCGCAAAGACGGGUUCUGGUAAAACGCUAGCAUUUUUAGUUCCAGUCAUUGAAAAGCUAUACCGCGAAAAAUGGACUGAAUUUGAUGGGUUAGGAGCCCUUAUUAUAUCUCCCACAAGAGAGUUGGCCAUGCAAAUAUACGAAGUAUUAACCAAAAUAGGUAGCCACACGUCAUUUUCAGCUGGGUUGGUUAUCGGUGGUAAAGAUGUUAAAUUUGAACUAGAAAGAAUAUCAAGAAUUAACAUUCUUAUCGGUACACCUGGUCGUAUUUUACAGCAUUUAGAUCAAGCUGUAGGUUUAAAUACUUCCAAUUUACAAAUGCUUGUUCUUGACGAAGCUGAUAGAUGUUUAGAUAUGGGAUUUAAAAAAACUCUAGAUGCUAUCGUAAGCACUUUGUCACCAUCUAGACAAACGCUUUUAUUUUCGGCAACUCAAUCCCAAUCUGUUGCAGACUUGGCUAGGCUAUCCUUGGCAGAUUAUAAAACCGUUGGUGCACAUGAUGUUAUGGAUGGGUCCGUUAACAAAGAGCCAUCCACUCCAGAAACUUUGCAACAAUCCUAUAUUGAGGUUCCUUUGGCAGACAAAUUGGACGUUCUUUUCAGUUUCAUAAAAUCACAUUUAAAAUGCAAAAUGAUUAUUUUCUUAUCAAGUUCCAAACAGGUACAUUUUGUUUACGAGACAUUUAGGAAGAUGCAGCCUGGUAUUUCUUUAAUGCAUUUACACGGUAGGCAAAAACAACGUGCUAGGACAGAAACUUUAGACAAAUUUAAUCGCGCUCAACAGGUCUGUCUUUUUGCUACAGAUGUCGUUGCUAGAGGUAUUGAUUUUCCUGCAGUCGAUUGGGUUGUUCAAGUUGAUUGUCCGGAGGAUGUUGACACAUAUAUCCAUAGAGUUGGCAGAUGUGCUCGUUACGGUAAAAAGGGUAAAUCAUUAAUUAUGUUAACUCCACAAGAGCAGGAAGCGUUCCUAAAAAGACUUCAAGCUAGGAAAAUUGAGCCAAGCAAACUUAAUAUAAAACAAUCAAAGAAGAAAUCCAUCAAACCACAAUUGCAAUCUUUAUUAUUCAAGGAUCCAGAACUGAAAUAUCUAGGACAAAAGGCAUUUAUAUCGUACGUGAGAUCUAUCUAUGUACAAAAGGACAAACAAGUUUUCAAGUUUGAUGAGUUGCCAACAGAAGAAUUUGCUUAUUCUCUUGGUUUACCAGGGGCUCCGAAGAUCAAGAUGAAGGGUAUGAAGACCAUUGAGCAGGCUAAAGAAAGGAAAAAUGCCCCAAGGCAGCUAGCAUUCUUAUCAAAAGCAAAUGAAGAUGGUGAAGUAAUUGAAGAUAAGUCAAAACAACCAAGAACAAAAUAUGAUAAAAUGUUUGAACGUAAAAAUCAAACUAUCUUAAGUGAACAUUAUUUGAAUAUAACGAAGGCUCAAGCACAAGAAGACGAGGAUGAUGAUUUCAUCUCUGUCAAGCGUACAGAUCAUGAGAUAAAUGAAGCUGAGUUACCAGCUUUAACGCUUCCAACUUCAAGGCGAGCACAAAAGAAAGCACUUUCGAAGAAAGCGUCUCUGGCUUCCAAGGGUAAUGCUAGUAAACUAAUAUUUGAUGAUGAAGGCGAAGCCCAUCCCGUCUACGAACUCGAAGAUGAAGAAGAAUUUCGUAAGAAAGGUGAUGCGGAGGCACAAAAGACAGAAUUUUUAACUAAGGAAUCUGCAGUAAUGGCUGACAUUGACAAUGUUGAUAAGCAGGUGGCUAAGGAAAAAAAACAGGAAAAAAAGAGAAAGAGACUAGAAGCCAUGAGAAGAGAAAUGGAAGCUGCCAUGGAAGAAGAAAUUUCUGGAGAUGAAAAGGAAGGGGAGCCAGUAGCAUAUUUAGGAACAGGAAACUUGAGUGAUGAUAUGAGCGACGAUGAUAUGUCUGAGUCGGAAGGCCACUUGAAAAAGAAAGCUAGAACUGUUGACUAUUCCCAUGGCAACAAUCCAUCCAGUUCAGUUGAUGAUAACAUUAUUGAAGUGGAAGAACCACAAACUUUGGAGGAUUUAGAAUCUUUGACAGCUAAAUUAAUCCAGGGUUAA